CGCAGAUCUACAAAUCAUAUGUUGGAUUUGAAGCAAUAACAGUAUGAAUGUGGACGUCAAUCGCUAUUAUGACUAAAUUCACUGUUGUCAAUCUGAAUCCUCCAUGUGAUCGCGAGCAGCACGCGGGAAACAAUCUCGAUUCAUUACUGAGCCUCAGAUAUAUAUCCGUAUUCACGCAUCUGUCUUUAUAUGUUAUUACAUUUCUCCACUGGUCUCUUUGAACAAACAUGUAUUGUAUUACAGGGUGAUGCUGACCUCUAAACUGCUGACCCUGGUGCUGGUGGUGCAGCCCGGCCGGGUGUUACUGGGCAUGAAGAAAAGAGGCUUUGGAGCGGGCAAAUGGAAUGGGUUUGGAGGGAAAGUCCAGACAGGAGAGACCAUAGAGCAGGCUGCCAGACGGGAGCUGCUAGAGGAAAGUGGCCUCACUGUUGACAGCCUCCACAAGAUUGGAAAUAUCAAAUUUGAGUUUAUUGGGGAAACAGAACUGCUGGAUGUCCACAUUUUCAGAGCUGACACCUAUAAAGGAGAGCCAACCGAAUCAGACGAGAUGAGGCCACAGUGGUUUGACAUAGAUAAAAUACCUUUCAGCCAGAUGUGGGCAGAUGACGUCCUGUGGUUCCCGCUGAUGCUUCAGAAAAAGAAGUUUUUGGGAUAUUUUAAAUUCCACGGUCAUGAUGUGAUAGUGGAGCAUAAACUGGACGAAGUAGAAUAUGUUUGAUUGGGGUUUUAAUACCAUCGAUGGACAUUGUCACUGUAUCAGUGGAAAUUAUCCAGCAAAAUCUGAUGUUCACACUACCGAAUACAUCUUCAUGGAGCACGACAUGCAUAAGAAAAUAGCGUUAUCCAUUAGUUUGAUGUUCCAUUUAUAUUUUGGUUGAAUCUUCAGAUGCAUCAUGAUCUGUAUUUUGGUUUGUUUUGUUUCUUUGUUCCUCAUUCCUACAACCCGAUUUUUCAUCAGCAGUGUAAAAACUUUCUUAAUAAAGUUCUUUCAUCUUCAAAUGCCUGUCAUCUAAAUAACCCAGGGAAAAAACAGAAGUUUAACUUAUCUGAGCAUGCUUCAAUGAUUUCAAAUGAUGUAUGAUAGAUACAGUAUGUCCUAUUAGUAAAUAUAUUUUUGGGCAUAAUUUCAAAAUUGGAUGCAUAAUAUGAACCAGUUUACCAUGCCCAAGAAACAUAUAUGUUAAAAACAUUUUUGUUGCUUAAUGUUUUUUUUUGUGGAAACAGUACUUCUUUCAGUGCUCUUUGAUUAAUAAAAAUUUUAUUUGAAAUAGA